ACUUUUGUCUUUUUAAUGAUUCUGACCUCCAAACUCUUUCCUCUUUCUUUAUGACACUGCAAGGUAGAGAAGUGAAUCAUUUGAUGGAAAUUGCACCACAGUGUGAAAUGGAUUUUGAAUGAUGCGAUUUUUUUUUUCCAGGUUCGGUGCAUACGUCAUUCUAUUCAUAUCUGUAAAACACAUGGAACAAAUUUGCAAGUGCAAGUGAAAGUAGUUCCAAAAUCUGUAGUCAGUGUACUCAAAUGUAACUUUUGGUCACUGUCACCUUUUAAUUUGAUUAUGUCCCCUAUCUUUACAUCUAUGGCAACAUCAUUAUAAGAAUUUAUAUACUUAUGAUCAUAUAUAAAUACAUGGUAAAUAAUAUCUAAUUGUCCAGUAUGUAAGAUCAAUGACAUCUAGAAUUAUAAUGAGUUAUUUUUGCACCCAACAGCAGUAAUUAAUGUUAACCUUAUUGCAACUUAUUGCACACAAACUCUCCCUCAGUCACAUCUGAUAGUAUUGCUUGACAGAGCCUGUUUCCAGAUGAAGGACGCUGCAUACCAAUAAUCAGAGAUGGAAAGAGUACUGAAAGUAAAACUAGUAAAAGUAGUAAAAAGAAGUAGCUUGUUUCAAAUUUGCUCCACUUUUUUAACAAGGUUGGGGCUCUUUCUCGUGUCGUGUAAAAAGGACAAGGUGACGCAAAUCUCACAUUAGUUGUUUUUUAUUUAAAGGCAAACCUUUUACAAAUUAAAGUGCUGACAAAUUAAAAUAUGUAAGUCAAAAUGGGUCACAGGACACAAAUGCUUUAACUUUUUUCCUUAAUUAGCACCAAUUCACCUGUCCUCAUCAUUCACUGCCAAAGUUUCUGGUGCAUUUUUGGUCCACGUGUCCAUGCUCUCCAGUGGUGGUGAGCUGUUCUUGCAUCUAGAGGUGGUGGAGAAAAGCAGAAUUGGAUGUUUCCAGCCUGAGAAGAGCGACAUAGAGCUGUACAUGGGCAGCACUGGAGAGAUCCCCUGCCCCGCACACAACUGUACCAACAACUCAGACGUCGCGUGGUACAAGGGAAACAUAUCAGUGUCUGAGCUCAGUAGAGAGACCUGUGUGGAGAACGGACACUUCCACCUGUGUCCAGUCAAAGGCAAAGUGGAUGAGGACGUUUACUUCUGUGAUCGAAAAGUCAUCGAGCGAGGGGUCACAUGGACCUUCAGGAGGGCCGUGAAUGUCAACGUUUUACCAAACAGGACAACACCGAAGCCUCCCAAUAUCAUUUAUCCUGAUGCCAACAGGACAGAGAAAGUAGAACUUGAUCAAUACCACCGUCUGACCUGUGAUGUAUGUUUCCAAUAUGAGAAAAACAUUUCAGCCAAGGUACAGUGGUACCUGAAUCACGGUGGCAACACAAAGCGAAGGACUCUGCUGGACAUGGAGAGCCCACUGCCCACACAGCCCAUACCUCAGGAAUACUGUAUCCGCCAGAGCCACAUCAUUAAAACAGUGACUUCUCAACAUUUGAACCACACAUAUACCUGCUUUGCCAGCAACACUGCUGGGAACGUCAGUGUCACACUCAAGCUUGAGGAGAGAGGUAAAGUAAAAUGGCCCUCACGAGUUGGGUAUCCCAUUGCAUUUUUGCUGCUGGCAGCAGGAAUGGCAAUCAUUUUGCAUAUGAAAUCGCUGGAACUACAGAUUAUGUACAGAUCCCACUUCCAAUUUGGAAACCAUGGAGAGAAACCGUUUGAUGUGCUGCUGUCGCACGUGUGGAGCGCGACAUCAGCGGAGAUGGAGACAGGUUGGACCCUUUCCUCUCCUUCAGGACCUGAGACUGAUAAGGAAGCGUGUCAACAAUGCAUGGACCUGACGAACACUGAGCUGGGGGAGGCCAACCAGAGACCACGAGUGAUGCUGCUGCACCAAGUAUUGGAGGAGCAGUGGGGGUAUCGGCUGUGUCUGCUGGACAGGGACGUUGUUCCGGGAGGAGCAUAUGCAAAUGAUGUUGUUGGUGCAAUACAGAGGAGCCAGAUGCUCAUCUGUCUCUUGUCAGCCGACUACCUCUGCAACAGCAACGCUCUGUUUGUCCUGGAAUCGGGAAUCCAGGCUUUGCUGCAAAAAUCAACUCCCAAACUCCUCCUGAUAUGGACCUGUAGGGACUCAGCGACACUGAUCCAGGAGGCCCCACUUCCGUCACUGGUCCAAAGGGCCUUGAAGGUUCUACCAAGUCUGAACUGGGCGACAGGAAAACCUACCAGAGCCUCCUGUGAUUUCUGGAGGUCUUUAAAGAAGGCCAUGCCCAAUCACAGAGUGAAGCUGGAAUCAAUCUUGUAGUAACGAUUACUGUUACCAAACAUUUACAUCUAUUUAUAGCGUGCUUAUUUAUUUGCAUUACCGUUCACAGAAACGUAAAGUGUCAACAUAAUCCCCAUGAUGGUCGGACACCAAAUCAUCAUGGAUCAUUUUCAAAUGAAGAAAAAUAAAAUGUAUAUCUUCGUAAUAAAAAUACACAUUACCUGUGUAAA